AUGAGCACGCUUCACUAUUGUGAAAACAUUCAAUCGGAAAUAGCAUUAUAUGGUAUAUCGACAAAAAAAAAGAUUUAUUUCUACCUUAAUUUACAAGACGAAAAUAAUCUUGUAAUUAAAAUAACAGAUGUCAAGAAUCCGUUUUAUUAUUUUUUUACGAGUAUCAACGAUAUCGAAUUGCAACAUUUGAAAAUAAAUAAAAAAAUACCAACAAAUCUACACCAAUAUUUUAUCGACAUCGUUGAUCUCAUGAAGCUAUGUUUGAAUGAUGAUUCUAAUGCAACAUAA